UAAUUGCGUUCCACCUUACUUCCGGCCUGUGCGUUCCACAUACAGGAAGUGAGUUUUCAUAAAGUACUGCAGCCUCCCAGUGUCCGUCGAUAUCAGGAUUACACAGUAGUGAGGAAGACAUUCGGUGAGUGUGAGAAACCCAGCAGCCGUCCCUGUGUGUCAGGAGAAUUGAGCAGGACCCAGAGCCCCAUCACGGUGCCUCCACUUCACUCACUGAUACAUGAGAGGCACAAUGACCGGAAGAUCCUGGAACUUACCAACAAGAUCAUUCAGCUGCUGACUGGAGAGGAGUGGGAGUAUGUAGAGGAACACAGGGGUCUGUACAAGGACGUGAUGAUGGAGAAUCACCGGCCCCUCACAUCACUGGAUGGGCCCAGUAACAGAGAUACCCCAGAGAGAUGUCCCCGUCCUCUGUAUUCCCAGGAUUGUACAGAGGAGAAUCACAGGAUCCCACAGGAGGAUCAGGGUGGAAAACUUACUGAUAUAAAGGCAGACGAUACAGAGGGAGAAGAGACGUAUGUGACUGAUAUGAAGGAAGAAGAUAAAGAGGGAGAAGAAGAGACGUAUGUGACUGAUAUGAAGGUAGAAGAUAUAGAGGGAGAAGAAGAGACGUAUGUGACUGAUAUGAAGGCAGAAGAUAUAGAGGGAGAAGAAGAGACGCAUGUGACUGAUAUGAAGGCAGAAGAUAUAGAGGGAGAAGAAGAGACGUAUGUGACUGAUAUGAAGGAAGAAGAUAUAGAGGGAGAAGAAGAGACGUAUGUGACUGAUAUGAAGGCAGAAGAUAUAGAGGGAGAAGAAGAAACGUAUGUGACUGAUAUGAAGGCAGAAGAUAUAGAGGGAGAAGAAGAGACGUAUGUGACUGAUAUGAAGGCAGAAGAUAUACAGGGAGAAGAACAGAUGCAUGUGACUGUUAUGAAGGCAGAAGAUACAGAGGGAGAAGAAGAGACGCAUGUGACUGAUAUGAAGGCAGAAGAUAUAGAGGGAGAAGAAGAGACCUAUGUGACUGAUAUGAAGGCAGAAGAUACAGAGGGAGAAGAAGAGACGCAUGUGACUGAUAUGAAGGCAGAAGAUAUAGAGGGAGAAGAAGCGACGUAUGUGACUAUGAAGACAGAAGAUAUAGAGGGAGAAGAAGAGACGUAUGUGACUGAUAUGAAGACAGAAGAUAUAGAGGGAGAAGAAGAGACGUAUGUGACUGAUAUGAAGGCAGAAGAUACAGAGGGAGAAGAAGAGACGUAUGUAACUGAUAUGAAGGCAGAAGAUAUACAGGGAGAAGAACAGAUGCAUGUGACUGUUAUGAAGGCAGAAGAUACAGAGGGAGAAGAAGAGACGCAUGUGACUGAUAUGAAGGCAGAAGAUAUAGAGGGAGAAGAAGAGACCUAUGUGACUGAUAUGAAGGCAGAAGAUACAGAGGGAGAAGAAGAGACGCAUGUGACUGAUAUGAAGGCAGAAGAUAUAGAGGGAGAAGAAGAGACGUAUGUGACUAUGAAGACAGAAGAUAUAGAGGGAGAAGAAGAGACGUAUGUGACUGAUAUGAAGACAGAAGAUAUAGAGGGAGAAGAAGAGACGUAUGUGACUGAUAUGAAGGCAGAAGAUACAGAGGGAGAAGAAGAGACGUAUGUAACUGAUAUGAAGGCAGAAGAUAUAGAGGGAGAAGAAGAGACGUAUGUGACUGAUAUGAAGGUAGAAGAUACAGAGGGAGAAGAAGAGACGCAUGUGACUGAUAUGAAGGCAGAAGAUAUAGAGGGAGAAGAAGAGACGUAUGUGAGGAUUGAUCAGCAGUGUAAGGAGGAUGAAAUCCCUACAGAUAUCAGCAUAGCAGAUGGGCACAGAAGCAGUAAUACCUCGGAGGGAGAUCUCAUUUUGUCUCCAGACUGUAAAACAGAAGAACGCUUUACACAAAAUUCUCAAGAAGACUGCGUUACCCUAACUAUACGUCCAGUGCUUCACUGUGCAGAUAAAUCACCUGAUACAUCUAAUCCUGAGGAUGGUUCUUCAGAUAACCCAGAUAUCGCUACACAUAGUACAGCUCAUACAGGUGCUGAAUGUUUUACACACAAAACAGAUCUUGUUAUACAUCAGAGAUGUCACACAAGUGAGAAGCCAUUUCCAUGUUCUGAGUGUGGGAAAUGUUUUGCUAAGAAAUCAGUUCUUGUUAGACAUCAGAGACGUCACACAGGGGAGAAGCCAUUUUCAUGUUCUGAGUGUGGGAAAUGUUAUAGUGAGAAAUCACGUCUUGUUACACAUCAGAGAAGUCACACAGGUGAGAGACCAUUUUCUUGUUCUGAGUGUUGGAAAUGUUUUACACAAAUAUCACAUCUUAUUAUACAUCAGAGAAGUCACACAGGUGAGAGGCCAUAUCCAUGUUCCGUGUGUGAGAAAUGUUUUGCACACAAAUCACAUCUUGUUAGACAUCAGAGAAUUCACACAGGUGAGAAGCCAUUUCCAUGUUCCAAGUGUCAGAAAUGUUUUAGAAACAAAUCAACUCUUGUUAGACAUCAGAAAAGUCACACAGGUGAGAAGCCAUUUCCAUGUGUUAAAUGUGAGAAAUGUUUUGCAUGUAAAUCAGAUGUUUUUAUACAUCAGAAAACUCAUACAGGUGAGAAGCCAUUUGCAUGUUUAGAGUGUGGGAAAUGUUUUAGAGAGAAAUCAGGUCUUGUUACACAUCAAAGAAGUCACACAGGUGAGAAACCAUUUUCAUGUUCUGAGUGUGGGAAAUGGUUUAGUCAGAAAUCAUGUCUUGUUACACAUCAGAGAAGUCACACAGGUGAAAAACCGUUUUCAUGUUCUGAGUGUGGGAAAUGUUUUACACAGAUAUCACAUCUUAUUAUACAUCAGAGACUUCACACAGGUGAGAAACCAUUUUCAUGUUCUGAGUGUGGGAAAUGUUUUAGUGAGAAAUCACGUCUUGUUACACAUCAGAGAAGUCACACAGGUGAGAAACCAUUUUCUUGUUCUGAGUGUGGGAAAUGUUUUACACAAAUAUCACAUCUUACUAUACAUCAGAGAAGUCACACAGGUGAGAAACCAUUUCCAUGUUCCGUGUGUGGGAAAUGUUUUGCACACAAAUCACAUCUUGUUAGACAUCAGAUAAUUCACACAAGUGAGUAGCCAUUUCCAUGUUACAAGUGUAGGGAAUGUUUUAGAAACAAAUCAAAUCUUGUUAGACAUCAGAAAACUCAUACCGGUGAGAAGACAUUUUUUGGGGUCUGAGUGUGGGAAAUGUUUUACACAGAAAUCAGACCUUGUUCCACAUCAUAGAACUCACACAUGUGAGAAGCCAUUUCGAUGCAAUGAGUGUGGAAAAUAUUUUACACAUACAUCAAGUCUUAUUAAACAUCAGAAAACUCACACGGGGGAAAAACCAUUUCCAUGCGCUGAGUGUGGGAAAUGUUUUACAGAUAAAUCACAACUUGUUAUACAUGAAAGAAUUCACACAGGGGAAAAACCAUAGCCGUGCUCUGAGUGUGGGAAAUGUUUUACAAAGAAAUCACUUCCUAUUAUACAUGAGAGACAUCACACAGCUCACCUGUAUAAUAGGAAGUGAUUUCCAUGUUCUGAGUGUGGGAAAUGUUUUACACAGAAAUCCGACCUUGUUACACAUAAGAGUAACUCGUUGACACGUAAAUCAACUCUUUACAAAGCAUCAGAGACAUCACACAGGUGAGAAACCAUUUCCAUGCUCUGAGUGUGGGAAAUGUUUUACAAAUAAAUCAUCUCUUACUAAGCAUCAAACGUUUUGUGUAUAAAUCAGAUCUUGUUAAAUACCAGAGAAGUCACACAAGUGAAAACCAUUGUAAUUCGCACAUUCUGACACUGGUAAAUGUUUAAAAUACAAUUGCAAUAAAAUAAAUUUCUAUGAGAUUAUGGCCACCAUUCAUUGUUUGCUGCUCUUUAAAUAUUAAAGUUUAUAUUAUUAAUAUUAAUGAUGAAUAGGCAUAAAUAAACGUGAAUGUCCACCUCUGUACAGAAUCUGCCGCAUCUAUGUGGUCUCUCUGUCCCCUUCUGCCCACUUGUGAAAAUACGUAGCUGUCCUCACUAUCUCCCUGCAUUUGUACCAGCGCUGUCCUUGUGUGAGAGAUCCGUAUUACAUCAGACAGAUCUUUGCAUGUGCUCACCUCUGAAUAGCCGCAAUUACACCUACACUCCAACGUCACUUUCCUCACACUCCGCAGCAAGCAGAGAUGCGUCUGACUCGCCCCUAAUUGCUCAGAGUUGCACGUGGCUGCACCGACGCAUGUACGGCUGCUAAACGUCACCGGAUCUGAUUGCAGAUGGAUUGUUUUGUGCAAGUCUGAGUCACAGCCAGAGUGUACACAGAGGUUGGAAUCAAGGUGAUCAACAAAAUCAGUGAUGGAGGUAACAUCCCCGUCCCAAACAAAAAACAAGUCGUCUAUGUUCUAACAAUUUUGUUAUAAAGUUUACUAGCACGUGUAGUGAUCAUAGUAUUAUCUGGAUGUAACACUUUAUAUUAGAGAUAAUGAGAUAUGCACUUCUACAUAUGUGAAAAGUGUAGAUUGUAAUGAAUGCCUGAAUUCUAAGAGUUGCCUUCACAAUAAUUGGAAAAUAAAUAUUCCUCCGGGACAGUUUCUACGACUACAGAGGAACUGUUCUAGAAGAGAGGGAUUCCUAGAAGAAUCCAAUAGUAUGUAUAGAUCCUUCACGGAACAAGGCUACCCGAGUGAACUCUUGGAUAAGAGGUUUUAGAAGUCGAUAGAUCAUCUCUUUUGAAUAAUACAAUAAGAGGGGAUUUAAAAUAAAGAAAAAAUUAGAAAAGAUGGAAUUAUGUCUUUUGUCACCCAGUAUAAUUAAGAUCUAGAGAAUUGUAGAAAGUUACUAAGACUUGAUAAGGUACUGGCCCCAGUUUCAGAUAAAAAAGGGAAGGUUAUCUUUAGCAGAUUAAAAAAAUGUUAAACAAAAAUUGUCGCUCCCCCAUCGGGAGUUGAGACUUUGAUUUCAUUUUUGCUUAGGUCCCCUAACGACAUUCAUCCUUAGUGCUCUUACUUAUUUUGCCCCAGGUUGCCUUCCCUUGGUCACUGGGGAUGGGGUCCAUGUCCACUCACUUUUGCAGGUUAUUGCCAUGUUUCUAAACUGUUGGAUUCACUCCUUGUUUCUGACAAUGGUUUUGGUGUUCUUGGUAAUCAGUAGAUCUGGUUUUUCUCCUGUGUCUGGCUCUCUGUGCUCCGUGGUUAUCGUCUUCUUCCUCUCCUUCUUCCUCAUAUUAUCUCUUCUUUAUUUUCCACUCUCUUUUCCAUCUUUCCCCUUUUCUUUUUUCCUGGUUCUUAAUUUCUUUGACAUAUUAAAAUUGCAUCUCAUGUACAAUGUCAGUUUAUUCCCUUGUACCAUGUAUCAUGCUUUAUACUAUUGUUGGAUAUCUACGCUUCACCAUUUAUUCUCUGUAUGGUUCUGUUUGAUGCUUUGCAAUA